GUGAUUCAUGUUGAGCAGAUUUUCCUUGCACUGUUGCAGUUCAACUUCCAGAAGUGGCAGAAGACGGCGGAAGGACAAAAGAGGAGAAACGAGGCGAAACAAGUCGAAUUGCUGUUGAAUCCUGUGCCGCUGGCAUCUUCCUCCAUCAUGGCUGAGCAACAGCAGAUCCCCGUAACUGCUCUGACUGUGGAACAGCUGAAACAGGUGAAGGACACCCUAGAAGCAGAGAUUCAGGUCCUGUCAGACUCCAUACGCUCGCUGCAGGUUGUCAUCCGGAAGUUUGAUGCUGCUGCAGGCGCGGUUGAUGACCUCUCCACCCAGACAAGCGGGAAGCCUGCGCUGAUUCCUUUGACGGGGUCUCUGUUCGUCCCUGCAACACUAGCAAGCGUGGAGAAAGUCUUGGUUGAUGUCGGUACUGGCUAUUAUGUAGAGAAAACUUUGACAGACGGAAAAGACUACUGCACUCGUCGUGUCAAGUACUUGGAAGACAAGCUUCGAACCAUUGGCGAUCUUUUGGGCGACAAGCAAAAGAAUCACUCGGAGGUUUCCCAAGUGAUCCAAAUGAAACUUUCGGGGCAAGGUAGGCAAACCACUGCACAAGCAGCGGCCGUAGGAUGAACCAGACGGCGUUGCUAGCUUUCUUGUACAUUGCGCUGUUCAACGACCGGUCGCUUCAAACAAUGGAGAUAUAGGAUGAGCCAGGCGAGACUGCCGGCCUUCUUCUGCACAAUGCGUAUUGAAGUUCAAUAUCUCAUUUGCAUCUUUGGUCUAGCUGGUAUGGGCACCGUAUCCACUCUAAGAUCCUGCAACUGCUUCCGUUCAUGAAGUGAUGACGAUAAAGCCACAAGUCAUCACUCAUACUGAAGGUAUUGGGGCGUGCCAGUGCACAUACCCACACUGAUGUAGUUUGACAUGACAAGGUAUUGCAUAUACAACAGAAAACUUUGAACGAAACUUAGCAACAUCAUAUCAGCAGCAUUUGAUGGAAAAUUAGUUCAGGCGUUUUGAAUUUUACUAAGAUGGUUGGAUGCGGCCGUCCAGUGCCUCACCUCAAUAAGAUUCUAGGUGGCAUCAUUUAUGCUAAGUUUCCAACCAAGAACCGUCAUAAAGGGCCGUACUUUGUAUGUUUAGCAACA